CUUUUAAUUCCACUGGUAGAUGCAUCAGACAGUCGUCAACUGCUGGAUUUACACCUGGAAGCGGAGGAGUGUGUUCGAUUUUGUUUUCCGUACAAUCAUCCGGCAGUUGCUGUCCACUAUCGCAGUAUCGCUACUUUCUUUUUAAGGUGUGGCCAGCCGCAUCGCGCACAACUUUAUUCGAGGAAAGCAUGUGAAAUAUUCAGGCAUGCACUGGGAACGGAGCAUCCAAUGACGGUGGAAUGUGAAACACUCUUGAAAAACACACAGCGAGAAGUUGAAGAAGCAAAAAAACUCAUUUUCGGAAACACUCCUUGA